AAUAACGUAAUGAAUGAAUUUGCGUUCACUCUCACGAAUAAUGUUUAUGACACUUUUAACCAUUCGUACUUUCCUUGGACACAUUUUGACCUAGUUUAAAUAUUUAAUCAUGUCAGUUGUCGUACGUAAAGCAAUUGAGUCCGACUGUCAGGGCAUUUUGGAUCUCAUUACAGAAUUGGCAGUUUACGAAAAAAUGGAGGAUCAAGUGAAAAUGAAAGUUGAAACAUUACGUGAAGAUGGCUUUGGGAAUGAAAAAUACUUCCAAUGCUUUGUCGCAGAAAACCAAGAAAAUGGUUCCUCAAAACUGAUAGGAUACGUAUUGUACUAUUACAUUUAUUCAACGUGGGAAGGGAAAUGCAUUUACAUGGAGGACUUGUACGUGUCCCCGGAGUACAGAGGGAGGGGCAUCGGAUCUAAGUUAAUGGGAUCUGUUUGUAAGACGGCUGUAGAGAAAAAAUGUGCCAGAGUCCACUUUGCGGUGCUUGGUUGGAAUAAACCCUCCAUUGAUUACUACAAGCGUCAAGAUGCCAUUGAUUUAACGGAAGAAGAGGACUGGCACUUGUUCCGAUUAACCGGAAGUGCUAUCGAAAAAAUGGCAGCCAAAUGUGAUUUAUGAUAAACUAUAUAGAAAAUCUGAUUUCACAAAUUUGUAUAGCUAUAACUGGACUUUUACGAGAAGCACUGACUUCUACGGUUGACGUUUACUUGGACAUUUAAAAAUGUAUCAUGUACGGAGGGACAGAAUUGAUAAUACAUAAGAAAACUUUUCUUAUGGUUAUAGAAAUGUUUUCAGAGGCAUUUGCAUGUAAAGGCCGAGAGUUAAAGGUAAGUUGGUUGUCAUUGUCUUCAAGGACAACUUAUAUGUGCAUUGAAAUUACCCGUUAUUUUCAUUUGAUUAAAUGUUAAGCUAAAUAUUCAUAUCGUAAAAGAGCUUCCGUACAUUUUCCUAGUGUAAAAGUAAGCCGUAAACUGUAAAAGUCAGCGCUUCUCGUAAAAGUCCAUUACUCAGACAUACACUGUGUAUUUUCAGAGUCUGAAGAGACAUCGUCCUUCUAUGUCUGUUGAUAUAGUGUAACAAUAAAAAAUGAA